CGAAAAUACUAUAGUUGCAUGUAGCAACGAAUUCUCAUUCCAAGGCUCAUAUAGAGGGGGGACUUUUGCUUUUUCGGAACCAAACUUCAUCUCCCUAUAGGUCAAUCGCAAUAAUGGCAGCCUCGUUGCCCAACUGGAUCAGAAUUCUUCUCUUGGUGCUCAGUCUGAUCUCAUUCCUCCCGCAGCUGCGUGAGUUCUGGCUACGGCGGAAUGCUUGCGGCAUCUCGCCCUAUUAUGUGCUCUUCCAGCUCAUCGGCGCGACGGAACUAUUCGCACUUGCAUUCUACUAUGUGGUCAACAGCGUCCAAACGUCUCCAGGUCCCGACUUCUUUACACAUAACCCACCGCAGCUGGGAGACUAUUUGAACUUGGCGCAGAUGGCCCUGGUUUGGGUGCUAUGGCUAAUCGUAUUCGCUGCCGUCCUGCUGCUUCCAUCAGAAAGCCUUGACAGGGCUCCCGGUGCCCGCAAUUCUACCGCACCUACCGUGCUGGCCAUAUAUUUGGCAUUUCUCCUCAUCUCAAUCAUACCGGUGGUCGUGGACGCCGCUUGGCCCUCGCAAGAUGCUUCCUCUCAUGAGUGGGCGAUGGCACUGUUCCACGGCAUCCACACAAUGUUGAUCAAUCCCAUCGUCACUAUCCUAAUCUUGGUGUCCUUCUUCUCCCAGCGCGGCGAGAUCCUGCAGCACCCUCCAGGCACGGCCUCUUCGUCGCUCAGUCUCAUUGGUUUAGCUGUGCAAGCGGUCGUAUUUGCGGUGCUGGCGUUGGCAUGGGCAUGGCGCUUUGUGUUCCCUGGGGGUGCAUCUGUUGGUUAUGGGAUGACUUGGUAUCAACUUGUUGGAUUCGUCGCCGUGGAUCAUAUCGCGUUUGCUUUGGUACAAGCAGCGCUGCUGGCUUUUGUCGUGCUGCAUCGCGGGCAGGGUUUCACAGGCGGCGAGACGGAACCCUUGUUAGAUAACCGGAACUGAUGGAAUCUAACUGGAAACAUUAUCCUUGUAAGAUAUAUGCACUCUUCUACGCAAACACUCUUAAAACUAGGGCAUUAUAUGCUUUAUAGAAAUAUCUACCUAG